ACAAAGUUUGCUGGGACAGCUAGUAUACUACUGUAUACCUACAGCAUGUUUGUGUUCUCUAAAGGUAACUUAAUUAAACAAGCCGAUCGACCGAACCCAGUUUAAUCGCGUCAUAAACCUAGAAGUUGAAAUAUAUCUUCUUCAAAAAUGGGAAACUAUUUCGGCACCUACGUCAGAUGAUAUCAAUCUAAUCGGAACACGUACGUAAAAGUAAACAGCAAGGGAACCAAUUAGGAUACGGCGAUUGUUCUUCUCUAUGAUAGGUCGUUUAGUCUUGAUUAAAUGCCUAAUGUUCUUACGAAUAGUUCGAUUUCCCUUUUAUACUUAGUCACAUAAUUAUAAGAAUUAUACCGGUAAACUGGGUUAACUGGACAGAAAUCUUUGGAUUAAGGUAUUGAUCACCAACAAAAUACUUAACAGUUUAACCUAAAUAAGGCUACGAAAUAAAUUUUCAAAUAUUAUAUAUAAGAAUUUAAACUACUCGGUAGCUAUAGUACAGUGGCAGACAAGGAAAACAAAAUAUAAAUCUAUGAACGCUAAUAAAUUACAUGCCAAUAUCGUUAAUAGAUAAGUAAAAAUAAAAGUAUGACGUAAGUUAAGUUGACAAGUACACGGACAACGAAGGGUUGUAAGGGUUGCGGAGUGCCGCCACCGCCAGCUGUCCCGCGCACCGUCCGUGGGCCGUCGCACCGCUUCCGCCCGAUUGCGCGCCCUGCGAGAAAAACAACGAGGCUUCACCCCCCGGCCGCCCACCAUGCUUUCCCAUUUAACCGCCGCCGCUACACUCCACCAUUACCAUUCAGAGAGCCGAACGGGCACCAUAAUAUUUGCACCUAUCGUGCACUCGGGCUUAUCCAUACUUUUCUUACGUGAAAGUGUGUGUUCAAAAUCAAAUUUUAUUUUAUUUAUUUAAAACUUUUGAACUAUACGUUACUCACCAUGGCGGUUUUCCUUCGUCGUGCACUCUUGCUGCUGAUGGCGCUGGUUCUUGUUCCUGAGAUAUCGGCCAGCAAUUAUAAGGAGGAGCCUGAAGUUGGAUUGUACGGAGAAGACGUACCGGACUCCUACGAAACAAAUGAAAGGUUCAAUCGCCAAAUUCAUUCAAUGAUCAACGCCUACAGGGAUGACAUGCUGAACGAACGCAUGGUGAUUGAAACAAACUCACUGGUAGACACGAAAUACAAAGCCUGGAAACGCAACGCAGACUUAAUAAACUCGCUCCUGGCCUUGCCCAAAGGCCUGAAUGACGCAGGACGUUAGGCUGUGAUCAUAGCCUUGGCAUUCUAGUUUUAAAGUCCUUAAUUUCAAUUUAAUUUGUAAUACUUGGGGUUCUGUAUUUAAACAAGAAAGCAUUUUCGUUUCAAAACAUAUAAUUAUUGUACCAUAUUUUUAAUUCUACACUAAUUUUACCUUCAUUGAGGUUCACCACUAAAAAUACGAGGUAUUUACACAGUGUAACUACACAAGUAUGUUGAAUUAUAAUUUGAAACAUUAUGUGCAUUCAACAUUUGGCCGACACAUACUUCAAAACGAACAAAUCUUUUGCGCGUCAGACUCUAGAUACAUUUACA